UACCAGAUCGCAGAACAGUUCAGAGCAUUAGGGAAGCCCCUAGGCUUAAAGGACUGUAUCAUUGUGGGAGGAAUGGACAUGGUCACUCAGGGUUUGGAGUUGUCGAAAAAGCCACAUGUUGUUAUUGCCACUCCGGGACGACUUGCUGAUCACAUCCGAAGCUCUGACACAGUUAACCUGAGCAGAAUCCAGUUUCUAAUCCUGGAUGAAGCUGACCGUCUUUUAGAGCAGGGCUGCACUGAUUUCACUAAAGAUCUAGAGGUCAUUCUCAGUGCUGUGCCCGCAAAACGCCAGACGCUGCUGUUUAGUGCCACACUCACAGACACGUUACAGCAGCUGCAGAGCAUUGCCAUGAACAGGCCCUUCUUCUGGGAGCACAAAUCAGAUGUACGGACUGUAGAAGAACUGGAUCAGAGAUUCAUCCUCACUCCUGAGAAAGUCAAAGAUGCAUACUUGGUCAAUCUCAUCCAAAAGUUCCAGGAUGAACAUGAUGAUUGGUCUAUCAUAAUAUUCACUAACACAUGCAAGAACUGCCAAAUACUCACAAUGAUGCUGCGUGAAUUCAAUUUCCCAACCAUCUCUCUGCACUCAAUGAUGAAGCAGAGACAGCGUUUUGCCAACCUUGCGAAGUUCAAGUCCAACGUCUUUAAAAUUCUUAUAGCCACAGAUGUUGCUGCCAGGGGUUUAGAUAUUCCUACAGUGCAAGUUGUUAUUAAUCACAACACACCAGGUUUGCCAAAAAUCUACAUCCACAGAGUGGGACGAACCGCUCGAGCUGGCCGAAAUGGUGUGUCAAUCACUCUAGUCACACAGUAUGACAUCCACCUCAUCACUGCUAUUGAGGAACAGACCCAGGUGAAACUGAAGGAGUAUCCUGUUGAAGAGAAAGAGGUGUUGAAGAUCCUAACCCAAGUCAACGUAACAAGACGACAGUGUGAAAUUAAACUGGAGUCCACUGAUUUUGAUGAGAAAAAGAAGAUAAACAAAAGGAAACAGAUGAUUCUGGAGGGAAAAGAUCCAGAUUUGGAAGAAAAAAGGAGAAAUGAACUAGAUAAGAUCAGCAGAAACAAGAAGAAACUGAAAGGAAAAACUCAAGAAAGCCUCCAGAACAAAAAGGAAAAGAAAAAAACAAAGCAAAAACGACAGAAGUAGACUCUUAACGUGUUCUUGGCAUUGUACAUUUACAUAGGUGUGUAUAUAACAUAAACAAAUGUAUAAAAUAUCUCUGAUCAUUAUUUCAAAAUAAACUGCAUUUUAUGAAC